AUGAUGGACGGCAUAUUACAAGAGGCGGUUGGGCCCAGGAACGAACUGCCAUCAGAAGCUCACGAAACGGGCUUGAAUGAUCAAACAGCUUGCGCUCAAGAAACAUCGAAUGAAGCUUCCAAAUCUAGGAUACGACCGGGCCAGUCAUAUUAUCAAGUGUUAAGCCGAAAGUUCAGCUUCAUUAUACCGAGCACAGGAUCGCUCGCAAGAGAUCAUCUCGCAAAUGAAAGAACGGCUCUUGCUUAUAUCAGAACGGCACUGAACUUCGCUACUGUUGGAAUCAGUGUGGUACAACUGUUCAAGUACGCGGAACUAUCCAGCGAUUUAGACUCCAGAUCUACCUCUCAACGCCAGAAAGAUUUUCACCUGUUCAAAGCAUUUGCAAAACCCAUAGGAGUGCUACUAGUAGUAGCUGGCCUAGUGACUGUUUUGUUUGGAGGAAUGAGAUAUGUCAACACGAUGAAACUUCUAGCAGAGGAUAAGUUUCCUAUAAGCAGACUGUCAAUUGGUGUCAUCAUGAUGUUUGUUAUUUCCGUAAGUGAAGUUCUUUUAGAGAUUGUCGGCGAUCUUCGUUUGCUUUCGAUUCUUCGUUUCUAA